AUGGGGAAAAUAGGAUUUUUAUUGGCCAUUGCUCUCGACUGCCUGCUGGCGCUGGGGCCCCUCUCGGUGGCAGCCAAUGUUCUCCUGCUCUUCCCCAGCGGGGCAUCGAAGUACCUAGUGGAGGGGCACAUCAGCAAGCACGCCAAGGCCGUGCCAGGAGUCUGGGGAGGUGGCAUCACCGCUUUCAUCUCCGCCGUGCUCGCCAAGCUGGCCCUCCUGGGUGCUGCCGCCUGCUUCGUCCUCUCCGGGGUGGGUUUGACCAAUGGACCCCUCUGCUUCUACAACGCCUCCGAGCGUGUCCACGGGCACGGCACCCUCUGGGGUUACCCCUUCCUAGACGCCAAUGGCCAGGAGCCUGACAGCAGGGCAGAGAACUACCUACACGAUCGUCGCGCAUGGAGCAUCUGCCUGGAGCCGGAGGGCAUCGUGGCCUGGAACGUCGUCCUCUUCUCCCUCCUGCUGCUGAUCAGCGCCGCUGAGAUGGUGCUGGCCUCCCUCCAGAUCCUCAACGGCUGCCUCGGGUGCCUCUGUGGCUUUUGCGAGGGGAAGUAG